AUGUCAUCCGGCCGCCAACAACAACAGUUGGUAUUCUUCAAUGACCACAGUAUCAUUCCCGAAACCUCAGACGAAGAUAGCUCAAUAGUUGGGAUCAUCUCUGAAUCACCGGGAACCUCAGCUGCUUGGCUCGUGGCUACAUUGAUAGAGAAUAGUCUUCAAGGAAGUGCAAAUCACAUCAAUUCUGAGUUAUCCAAAAGACGUAUCAAAUCUCCUACUUUAUUUAUAUCUUUUAAGCAUGUUGGUGACUUCUAUAAAAAAUUAUGUAAAAGAAAUGGAGUCGAUUUGGCAACUAUAAAAGACUUUCAAUAUGUUGAUUUGUUUACUGAUUUGUUCACCAAACAUAUACCCUCUGGUACUACUACUGCUGCUACUAAUAAGCAUUUAACUAGUAUGUUUGAUAAUGUUAUUGGGGGUAUCAAGUCCACGCCUGUUAUAUUUGUUGAAUACCCGGAAAUCUUACUCACAACCACAGACAUUAGUCCUAACGAACUCUUGGUUCAACUAGACAGAUUGUGCAAGCUUUCUAGUCGUACAUUCGUACUUUUAUCCACCGACAGAACAUUGAUUGACUUUUCCUUGACCGAUUCCAGUGAUCCAGUGUUUAAAGUAUCGGAUUUUAUCUCUAAGCUAUACCAUCGUUCAAACAUCAACAUUUAUUGUCAACCGUUGGCCACAGGAAGAGCAAACGAUCUUACCGGGACACUUUGCAUAUCACGAGGCCCCAAUGUAAUUGAACCCCGUACUCUAAAUGUGGCCUCAAGGGAUUAUUUGUACCAUAUCAAUCGUGAUGGUAACGUUAAACUAUACUUGCGUUAA